AUGGCGAUCGAUGCAAAUAUGACAAAUGAAGUGGAAAUAGCCCUUGUUGGGGCGGAGUUGGGAGGUGGUGGCGAAGGUGGACUGACAUUUCCUGCUGGUGGAGGAGAGGAUCCCGGUGAUGGUGGUGACGGAGGGGUUGCACCUCCACCAGGCGGUGGAGCCGGUGUUGAUUCUGGUGAUGGUGAAGGAGGAUUCUCCCCAGCCGGUGUAGGCGUUGGUGCUGGCGCGCCUGGAGGAGUGAUGUUGGGAGUUGGUGCUGGUGCUGGUGAUGCAGGUGGAGUGAUUCCGGGAGCUGGUGCUGGCGCUACAGGUGGAGUGAUUCCGGGAGCUGGUGCUGGCGCUGCAGGUGGAGUGAUUCUGGGAGCUGGUGCUGGUGCUGCAGGUGGAGUGACCGGUGGUGUUGGACUAGGCGUGGGAGUUGAAGCGGCUGAAACAUUGAUGGCUAACUUUUGUCCGGCGGUACAAUGCUGGCCGAAUGUGCAGAUGAAGUAUGCCUCCCCGGGGGAGUCGAGUGUAACAUUGGCUGGACCGACUGUUAUUAGGGAGAUAGGACUGUUCGUGGUGCAACUAUCAUAA